UUCAAACUUGUUUGAAUUUGUGAUAAUUUCGGUUAAUCAAAAAAAACAUUGUGGAAUGAAUGUAUAAUAUUAAGUUAAUUUUUAAAAUAUUUUUCUUGUAUCUAUUUCUACAAACUUUCUUUUAAAUGGAUAAUAAGGAGCUUUUUCACGAAUUGAUAGCACUUCGACAAAUGCAACUCGAACUCCAACAACUUUAUACCUUGUUACGUUUAAUGAGGGUUGAUUUGGAAAAGAUUAUAGGCAAUUUUACUUCAUUAAGUGGUGAAUGAAUAAAAGCAUCUUUAAAUACAUUUAUAUAUAUUUGAUCUCUGUGUAUAUAUUUAAAUAAGUCUGCAAAAUGGAAAAAGAAAUAAUAUUAGGAACAUCAUCCUCAUCAUCUCUACGAAGAAAGUCUUUUCUAUUACAAAGUACAUCAUCAUCCAAAUUGGUAGAAAACAAUGAUGAAGCUGAAAGAUUGGCUAGACGUCAUGAAUUAAAUGCUUCUACAGCAUCAGUAGAAAAUUUAAGCAUAAAUAAAAAACGAAGAUCUUUGGGUCUUGGUUUUCUAGCACAUAUGCCAACACAUGAGAUAAAGGAUCGCAUGGCUGAAUGUAUAAAACUUAAUAUUGAAAACAAGAUUAAUAUGAAAAAUGCAUUUAGUCUUGAAAUAAUUGACUUCAUGUCCUAUAUGAUAAAAAAACAAGAUGCCAACAUAUCUAAUUUGCAAGCAGCUAGUACAUCCUUAGAUGUAAGCACAAAAAUCUAUGGUUUUCGUGUAGAUGGAGUUUAUACUGAAAUAAUGAAAAUAGCUAGUGGAAUAGAUAAGCAACAAAAUGAUAGCUCAAUUGAUGAAGUAAAUGGAGAGCUAAAUACCGAGCAAGGAGAUCAUUUAAAAGAUCUACGAAUACAUAAGAAAAAGGGGAAAAAGAAAAACAAACAGAAGAUUUUUAGUACGACAGAUAGCUUAAAAGGAACUGUAGAAAUUAUGAAGCCUUCUUUGUGGAUAAUGGAAAAUGAGGAUUCACAAACUACAGAUGCAUUAUAUCAAGUAAUGCUGUCAAAUCAUGCAAAUUCAAACUAUUCUUUACAUUUAUAUCAUGAUGUUAUCGUGGAUGUUGUAGAACAUAAAAAAGACAAAAAAGAUGCGAAAAUAAUUAUUCCCCAGAUGGAAGAUUUUUCUAAAUUAGAAAUGUGUCCACCUUUAACCAAUUUUGAAUUUCAAAAUUGGAUCAACGAUAUUGAGAAAGAAGCAGAAGAAGAAAAAGAAGAAGAUAAAGGUAUAAAGUCAAAGAGUGACAAUGAAAAUGGAUUUCAGUUUGAUUUAGAUGCUAGCUUACCAUCUGAGGAAGAAGUGCCUCAUGAUGAUCUGAAUUAUUUAGAUAUUCAAGAUGAUGUGGAAAAUACAGAGAAAUGUGCAGAGAUACAAAAACCAACAGAAAAAAUUGUAGACUUAUGUAAAGUUUUAUCUAAUGUUGGAGUGAUUAAAACAUCUGAGUAUUCAUUCCUUCAGAAAAGCUUGAAUAUACACUGGGCUGGUCCAUCUCAUUGGAGAAUAAGUAAUUUUUCAAAAUUAUCUGGAAGUAAAAUUAUCGCCGCUUGUCCACAGAAGCCAGGUAGAAAAAGAAAAGAAAUAGAAAUAUGUUAUGACGACAGUAUAAAAACAACAGUAGUACCAAAAUUUGUAGUAAGCAAAGUUACAAAGUUUGAAGCUGCUAAUUUAGAGUGGUAUGAAGAAAGACUCACAUUACCACGAGAUAUGCAUUAUGAUAUUGCAAGUGCUGCUAAAUUGUACCUUCAUGAAUUAAUACAUAUAAAUAUGAAAGAGGAUCAAUUAGAUGCUACUCAUGUAUCUGAUAUAGAGAAUUAUAAUUAUGAUAAUGAAAAUGAUAUAUCAAAUUAUUGUCCAUAUAUCCCUAAUGAAGACUAUGCAUCAAAUGAAGACAAUAAUGAUCUUGAAAAUAAUGAUGAAGUUGAGAAUGAUGAAGCAGAAACACAAAUGAUUUUUACUGGAGAUAACUUAGUAGCUAUUCCUAAAUUAACAAAUAAGAUAUCUAUUGCAUAUAGUACACGUGCUAAAAGAAUCGAUAUGCGACAACUAAAAAAAUCCAUUUGGAAAAGCCUAACUAUGUGCAAUGAUACAGAAAAUAUAAAUACAGAAAAUAUUGAAAACCGAGAAAAAGAAAAUAAAAUGAAAGAAAAUAGAUGUUUUAGUGAGAUUUGUAAAACAUUACCGAAUUUAUUAACAAAAGCCAAUAUGGAAGUCCUAAGUUUUCCUAUUUCUUUUGUAUCAUUGCUACAUUUAGCAAAUGAAAAGACAUUAAAAAUACAGUCUGUUCCAGAUAUGUCUGAUCUUAUCAUAGAAGCAAGUUAAGUACAUAUAUACUAUAAUCAACAAUAAAAUAACAGAAUAAUAUUAAGUCCAUAAUAAAAUGCAAAUAUUAUUUUAUAUAUUAUGAUGACGUUAUAUAAAUUGUGCAUUAAAAUAGAGUUUUAUUAAUAUCUAGUUGUGUCUAAUUCUUUCCAUUAUUAUUUAAUUACAUUAUGAUAUGUAUCAUAUAUGAUCAUAUAUAUAUAUAUAUAUAUAUGUAUGAACGAAAAAUUUCUAACUCUUGUAAAUAUAAUGUGAAUAAAUGAAAAAUAUAAACAACAUAGACAAUAUGUAUAUUUAUUGUUUUCUUUCUACUCUAAUGUCA